CCUAGACUAUGCGGGAAAUAACAUUCAGGCACAACACCGUUAGACGGGCACUCUUGUCGCUCGAGUGAACAAAGCUUCUGGCGAGGACUUGCCGUUGUAUUGAAGAGGUGUGCGGCAGAGGUUGCUUCAGUUCUUUGCCGUCUAUUCUAGUGUUAGAAUCAAAAUAAUGAAAUUACGGACGUUAAUUUUUGACAGACAAAUUUAGUAAAUACAACCCCGACCGCCCACGGUCGGCACGCCGGUGGUCGAUCGAAGCCAGUCUGUGCGUACCGCUCGAAUAGUACGGAGCCUGUCGUGGUCUGUGUUUUGCUAGUUGUCUUAUCUUAUCACCAAAAUUCUAUCAUCGGAAGUGGAAUUGAAUCUGCGUCCACGCUGUAAAAGAUAAGUAAAUAAAUAAAUCAUCAUGGAAGGGCUUGGUGCUAGUACCUCAACCAAGGAUUUUCUGACGGAGCUAGUUAAGGCUCUCAAAUGA